AUGAGUUUAAAGGAUAAAUCGCCAUCAAUUAAAUCCAUGUAUAUAGCCGCUAUUUCUGCUCCAGUCAACACACCACAAAAUUCAGAAUGUUUGUUCCAACAGGAAAGAGCAAAGUCAACAGAGAACUCGUUUAAUACAAUUUUGGUACAUGCCACCACCCCAGAACAAAGUUUUGGCAGCCCAAAAAUAUUUAACCCAAGUUCUGAAGGAUCACUGUACCAAUGGAGAUCACCUAACACAUUUAAUAAUAGUUCAAACGUAAUUAAAUAAUUAUUUAUUUUCAUUAUAUUAAAAUACACAGUCAUUGAUUUUUAAAACUUGAUUUUUCUAUAGCAAAAUGAUUCCAGUAGUGAUACGUCACAAGAAGCAUGUGUUUGUUACGAGUAUAGUCCUAUUCCUAAUAAAUUCAAAAAAAAAAAUUACUUUGUAAGUUAUGUCUUUAUUAAAUAAAUAAUUUGUUAUUUAAUACAAAUUUGAUUUGUAAUCACUAGUACAUAGACAAAGCUAGACAUUUUCAUUAGAUUGGAUUUAAUCAUAUAGAUAUUUUAAUAAUAGAUGUUAUUUGAAACCAUAUGCUAUUAACUUAGGUCGUGGUUUUGCUUCUUUUAAAAUUAAAUCACUUGAAAACAGUUUUAUAUUGAUUUUGUAUGAAUACAAUUUAAUGUUUAUUUAUUAUUUUAGAACAAUUCAAAUUUGAAUAAUAAAAAUAAUGAACAAUAUUAUCAUCCAUCAAUGCUGGAAGAUCCAUGGACAUAG